AAAAGAGCAAAAAUCUUUAUUCUUUCCUCUGCUCUCUGCUCUCUCUGCUUUUCCUGCUGAAUGUGGUUGUGGUGAAGAGCUGAGUGCCUCUGCCCGGGGUAUGGGGCUGCGGUGCCUUCAUGUUGGGGACUUUGCUUUGGAAGGAAAAAGAGUGGCAGAGCUGACGCACCAAGCGGCACCAGGAUGGGGAUUGGGGGGGGAGGCUGGAAAGUGGUGCUGGAGAGCUGUGGGACAUUGGUAAAACUCGAUCUUGGGACAGCAAACUCAGUUCUUGAAACUGAAAUGUGCGCCCUAUUUGUUUAAAGAGGAGGAACUGGAGAAGUGCACCAUCGCCUUCGGUCACGCUGGGGUGGGAUCUGUCCCACUGCACGGAGAGGCCAGGAGCUGCCUGUGCUUUGUUUCUUCCUCGUGCUCUUUGUGUUUAGGAUGGGGCCCUUUGUGAGUGGGUGUAGGGCAUCAGAGCACAGCUGCAAAAAGCACUGACAUUGGUGAACGCUGCUGGAGAGCUGCGAUAGAGCUCUGGUAGUCGCGCUGGGAUUAGAAGAAAGUAGCCUCUUCAAAUAAAGCAAUUAGCAUUAAUUGCUACCCAGCAGUUCUUUGAUGUCUGAGGGCUCAGCAAGCUUUGCAGAGGACAGUUACAGCAGAUGUUGCAAAAGCUGCCCCAGCGAGUUAUGUGUUUCAAAUAAAAAGUGGCCUCUUGGAAAAUCCUUUUAGUGGGAGAACACAUGAUCGAGAAACAGCUUUUCAAGUAUCCUUUUAAUUUACUUUAAACACUCGGUCGAAUGUUUAGUUUGUGGCUAACCUGUUGUUUUUUGUAAGGAGCGAACUGCAAAAUCCUUCUGAACCAUAAAACCUGAGAUUUUUCAGGGCUGGUUUCCUCUUUCCCUCUCCUGAAUCGGAUGAAUGUGCCAGAACCAUAAUCUCCUCUGAGAACAGCACACAGCAGAAUGAGCCCCUUGUUCCUGCGCAGCUCCUGACGCUCCUGCUGAACUUUGCCUCCUCCCGCUCACACUGUUUAAAGGAGAGGGCUGCUCAGAUCAUUUCUCCCAACGUGCUGACCACCAGGAAACAGCUCGGAGACCCCCAUGUGGCCGUCCCUGCUCGGGUCUGCUUGCUUUGCAGCUGUGCCAUUGCGCAGAGGAUGCCGCUCCAGGAUCAAGUUCAAGCAAGACUUUUGCUUCCCUGUUUUGCUCCCUCGGGUUUGUGCAGUGGGUAGGAAGCAGUGUAGAACAUUGCAGUAAUCCUGUGGUCCCCAUCAAGCAGGAAAUAGGCUCUUGCUGCCUGGAAGCAGAUUUGUAUUUCACAUUGCAAAUGGUGUGUGCAGCAAAGUUAUGCAGCUUGGGAAGGCUGAAAAUCCCCAGCCCCAGCCUGUGCUUCCCGAGAGCUAACAGCUCUGGUUAUAAGCUUCUCCAAACUCAAGAACUGGGGGUAGUUCUGCUCCAAAAACAUUGCUUCCUCAGCUGUAAUUUGGGCAGUAAAUACUACAAAACCCAACCUGAAGCAUUAAGUUCCUCCUGAGUGGAAGCGUUGGCUCUUCCAGGUUGUGGGCGGUGAAAUCUGAUUUUUGUGGCGUAUUCCAAUUACAAAAGAAUUCUUUCAGGGUCUGACUGUCUUAACGAGCAGCCAGAUCUGCUCGCUUAUCACCAGAUCUAAUUCCCUGAUCCUUCUACCAAGAAAAGCAGCAGUGUGCUCCUGUGGCCAGGUUGCAGCACAAAGAGCUCCUCUGUCUGCCCGCAAACAACUGCUCCUGCGUGGGCCUGUGUGCGUUGGGGAGGGCGUUUGUUUGCUGUGCUCUGCAGCCCUGCUCUCAUCUCCCAAAGAUUGGGUGGUGCGAGCAAAGAAAGCAUAUAAUUGGUGGUGUCGGUACCUUUUGGAAGAUUAAUGCUUUAUAGAUACAAGUAAUUAUGGCUUCUGUAGGCUGCUUGGUCUUUUCCCCUGGGGAUGAAGCUCUGUUUGCUGUGCAUGCUGUGAGUGUAACUGAACUGCGUGGGAUCUUGGGGACCCUGCCCCAGAGUGGUCUUGCAUGUAGAAACCCCAAGGGCUACUUGUUCAGUGGGCACUGGGUGGGUGUGGGGGUGCUACCAGCCAUGGGCAGGGCUCUCAGCUUGGGGUGGAACAGCCCUCAAUUGCAAUGGCUCAGUGUGCAUGCUUGCUGCAGGCUUGCUGCUCCUUCCUUUGCUCAGGAUCCACAUCUCCAGGGUGAUUAAAUCAUCACCCUCCUUAUGGGAUAGGUUCUCCGAGUCUUACUCCAUUUCUAAUACAUUUGGAAAAAAAAUAAAUCAUUUCCAAAGGUGCUUUCAAAAAUGCCUUCUCCUUGCUAGGAGCAGCCUAAGAGCACGCACAUUUGCACGCAGCAGCCCUGCAGCCUAACACAUCUCCUCUCUCCUGCUCCAGCCGUGCUGUCCCAGCCUGCACCACAGCCCGUGACAUGCCUGGGAAGGACCUGGGGCUGGGCAUGGCUGCCUGCAACUCAGACAGCUGUGACAGCAUGGUCAGCACAGCCUCCAACCACUCGCAGCGGAGCGAUAACAGCUAUGACUAUUUAUCUGUGGAAGAGAAGGAGUGCUUGAUGUUCCUAGAAGAAACCAUUGGCUCACUGGAUGCAGAAGCAGAUAGUGGGGUUUCCACUGAUGAGACUGACUAUGCAGAAGCCUCCCGGCUGCCCAGGGCACGGCUGAAGAGAGACUCUGCUCCCCAGGAUUUGGAGAAGAGGGCUCCUCCUGGAAGCUCAGCUCAGCAGCAUGCAGCCAACCAGAAGGGCACCGAGGGCUCCUCUGGCUUCCCAAGCUCAGCUCCAGCAAUGGCACCGAGCCCAGGCUACCACAGCCUUCCUAGGAACAUCACUGCAGCAAAUGCACAAAGAGCAAACAGAGCUGAUGGCAAAACAGAUGCACACACCAUGCAGGACCCAUCUCCACAGGAGAUGGGCACGGAGGGCAGGCUUGGCCAAGCUAACAUGAGAAGAGAGGUGAGAUCCCUUAUCAUCCCACCUCCAGCUCCCUUCCAGGACAACCAGGAGAGCCAUGCAGAGCAGUCACGAAGCAAUGGCUCAGAUGCCAGAAAAGACAACGCAGAGGAGAGCUGGACACGGCCCCGUCCAGCCCUGGGGAUGGUGGCUGUCCCCGGUCCGACAUCACUGCCACACCAAGAGAUGGGCAGGGAGAGCGCAGCGCUUCUUCAGGGCCAAGCGGAGCACCCAGCAGCACAGGAGGUCCCGCAGGACCCUGAAAUCAAGCGUGGGCCUCCCACAGCCCCCAAACCACGAAAACUGCCACCGAACAUUAUCCUGAGAACCAGCAAAGCCAGCCCAGUGCCGCUUGGUGCAGAGCCCAGCCAGAAGGUGAAGGUACCACCGCCGUCACCCGCCGGCUCUGCUGCAGACGCUGCUGCAGAAAAGCAGAAUUCAGGGCAGCUUGACCCCAAGGAGAGGGAGAAGGCCCGGCGGGAGGCCCUAGAGAAGCUGGGGCUGCCGCAGGACCUGCAGGAGCCCUGCACCCGGCCUGGCCCCGUGCCACCUCCCUGCAAGCAGGGCCAGGCAGCACUGAGCACAGCCCCAGCGGCUCGGGCCAUGAACUUCAAAUCCAACACCCUGGAGCGUUCCGGCGUAGGGCUGGGCAGCUGCAUGGCCAAGGAGCCUGGCGUCAAGGGCAGCGGCUCACUGGGCAAGAUGUCCUUCAUUGAGCGGCUGGCACCCAGCUUCCUGCGCAGCAGCAGACCGCGGCCCGCGUCCCUCGGCGCGGGGAAGGACUUUGCUGCACUAAAGGAGCCCACCGAGGUGGAGAAGAGCAGCAAGAGAAGGUUGAACCCGCUGCCCAGCUUCCCCCGGCCGACCCGCUCCUGCGUCAGCGUGAAGAUUUCCCCCAAGGGUUCAACAGAGGAGCACCGGCGUGAGGCACUGAGGAAGCUCGGCCUGCUGAAGGAGUAGUGUUGGGAGAGAGCGAGGAGCACAGCCUGCGACCCUGCGUGGUUCUGCUGGAUGGGCACCUGCUGCUGGGACAGCUUGGGGGGCAAACGUGGGGCCUGCUGCUCACGGAGUCGCUCAGGGCAUCGUGCCUAAUAAAGUAGUGCCUCUUGUAUGGGAUGUUUUGUA